UUUUCACAAGAUGCGGGCUCCCGUACCACACCCGCAGCUUCUAGCCAUCCUUCUCCUUACCAUUGGAAUAACAUCGGCUACAAUAUCAGAAUACGCAGAUAACUCUCAGUCGCUGUUACCAUGUGAACGUGCGAGAGAAAGGGCUCAUCGCAAUGGAACUAAUGAUUACAUCCCCCAGUGCUCUGAGUACGGUCUAUACAGGAAAAUUCAGUGCAGCAGAAAUGGCAGCUCUUGCUGGUGCGUAGACGAAAAUGGUGUGGAGGUUUCAUCAAGCAAACAAUCAGGCGCCCCUCCAGUGUGUCUAUCUUUUUGCCAGCUUAAAAAACAGCAAAUCUUGGUUAGUGGUUAUAUCAACAGGACUUCAAUAACCCACAUACCGCAGUGUAAAGAUUCUGGAGAAUUUGAGCCAGUACAAUGUGACCAGAUUCUUGGACAGUGCUGGUGUGUAGACAAUGACGGCAUGGAGAUCUAUGGGACACGACAGGUUGGCAAGCCUCUAAAAUGUCCUCAGAGCUGUGAGAUAAGAGACCGUCGGAUCUUACAUGGUGUUGGAGAGAAAGUACCGCCACAUUGUUCCAGUACUGGGGAAUUUUUACCCGUACAAUGCAAACUCGUUAACACAACUGACAAGAUGAUCGUUGAUGUUGUUACAAGCUUCAGCAGAUUUCCAAAUGCUUUUAAGUCCAUUUCAUCCUUACGAGAAUCAUUCCCGGAGAUCUCUGGAUACUGUUACUGUGCAGAUAGUCUUGGACGCGAGCUUGCUGACACUGGUUUAGAGCUGCUUUUGGGGGAGGUCCAAGACACAGAAGAUCUUGCAGGACAAUUCCGUUCUCGCUUGUUCACAGACACAGCCGUCUAUCGUAUUCUCCAAAGACGAUUUCUAGGAGUUCAGCUAAUUAUAUCUGGCAAAUUUAGAUGUCCUUCUAUAUGUGAAGUUCAAAGGUUUACGGCCUCUUCCAUGGGAGAUGUAUAUACACCAUCUUGCACCGACAACGGGGACUAUGAACCUGUCCAAUGCCAAGUUGGAGGUCAGUGUUGGUGUGUGGAUUCUAAAGGACGUGAAAUCUAUGGAUCUCGAAUACAAGGAAAAUCCCCAAAUUGCAAUAAUCAUCAAGAUUGUUCUACAAGGAGACGACAAGCUUUGUCUAGUUUGUUUUUUGGACCUAGUGGACAUUUUGGCCAAAAAAGCUUAUUUGUCACUCAGGAGGAAGAAUUAGGCACUAAAUUAAACACAAACCACUGUCCUUCCUAUAUUUCGGAGUCAUACCAAAAGUCUGGCCUUUUAAUUCCAAUCAGUGAGAAAUUCAAGAACACACAACCUAAACUAGAGAACUUUAUUAGUGAUAUGGUCAAUGGUCUCUUCGCUUCCAGAAACUUAAUACAAGUUGCUCAAAAGUCAAAAAGUAACUUCAAGAUAUUUAAACAAAAUCUGUUUGGAGGAAAAUACCUAAAAAACAUGGCUGGACUUAACUUCACUGGAUCCGUCGGUACAAGAAGCAAAUUCAAUUUUAGUGAAUUUUUUCAGCAAAUUGGCUUAACAGGAAUGUACAGCGGAGGAAACUUCGUAGAACUUGCUAAAUUGUUUUCAUCUGAAGAAAAUUCUUACUUAACGAAAGAGUCAUCCAACUUCUCCAAACAAAGCUUUGAUCUAAACCAACCUAUUCAAGGUAGUUUUGGCCAAACUGUAAAUCUAAAGGAAAAUCAAAAUCGUGUUACACUUUUUGAGUCGAUUCUAGAACAAGAGGAAUUUACUACACUUUUACGCAUUGUCAUUUCAUUCCCACCAAAGAUUUCCCAAGAUAUUUCUGAGGCUGUCCAAAUAAUCAUGCAGUCAAAAAACUGUGAGAAGAGAAAUCUUGAUGUUUUUGUCCCAACGUGCACUGAAGACGGGAGAUUUGAUGAAAUUCAGUGCAGCAAAUCAGAGUGCUGGUGUGUGGAUUAUCAGGGUAAGGAAAUAGAAGGUUCUAGAAUACAAGACAAGCAGCCACGAUGUCCCACAAAGUGUGAAAAGGAACGUGAACAACAAAAACUCAUAAAGAAAAGUCUACCUGCUGGAUCAGAGCCCUAUGUUCCAUCUUGCGACCUAAAAGGGGACUUUUACCCUGUACAGUGUUCUGGUAAACAGUGCUUCUGUGUUAACAUGGAAGGAGGAACUAUUCCUGGAACUCGAACAUUGUCUGGGGAAAAUAUUCAAUGUCCCAGCAAAUGCCAGCUGACUGCGAGCAAUGCCUUUCUAGAGACUGCCAAGAUGCUACUGGCUGACACGGGGUCUGCUGUUCAGCUUUCUCAAGUGUAUAUACCUCAGUGUUUGGAAAAUGGAGACUGGAGAUCUGUCCAAUGCAGUGGACCCACUGAACAAGCCUUGGAAGUCUACCAGAUCUGGAAAACACAGAACAGAAAUACUUCUUACUCUGAAAUGCUUCGCUUAAUUUUGACCUAUAAAAAUAGUUCUCAGAGUUUUUCAGACUUCCUUCUGGCUCUAUAUAAAAAUGGACAUCAAAAUGUAUUUCCGCUUUUUUCUAAAUACCCCGGUUUUAAUGAUAUUCCAGAAUACGUCCUCAAAGGCAACAUAACAGUAGAUACAGAUAAUAUAUUACUAAAUCCGUAUAUAUUUUGGAAAAUUUUGAGUGGUACACAAACAUUUUACCCUGGAAACUAUGGAGACUUUUCAGUACCUCUAAGCCACUUUGAACUUCGUAAUUGUUGGUGUGUUGAUCUGGAUGGACAGAAACUUCAAGGAACAGAAAUGCCGAACAAGAUCCCAAAAUGUCCAGGGACUUGUGAACUUGCCAAAUUAAAAACCACCGAAUUCACUGAGUUUGCCGAGAAGCUAAUUUCUGCUUCCAAUGCUUCUCAGUUUCCUCUGGGACAUGGUUUCCUUUUAGCAAAUGGAAUACGGCUGUCGGAGAGUGAGCUCUUUUACAACAAUAGCUUCUUACAAUCCGGAGUACCACUUUCUGAGAGUUUCAUGAGCAGAGAUACAUUUAGCCUCCAACUAGCUGCCCAAAGCACCUUACAUUUUUAUUGGAGAAGACGGUUUGCUGAAAGACAAUCUUUUGGAGAAACAACACUCCUGGCAUAUUUGCCGUACGUCCCGCAGUGUGAUGGAUUAGGAAACUGGAACCCAGUGCAGUUUUAUGAGAGUACCGGUCACUCCUGGUGUGUGGAUGAAGAUGGAAACUACAUUCCUUAUUCCUUGGGCACAAGAGCCUCAAGUCCUCCUCAGUGCCAGACAUCUUGCCAACAAAGCCAAUCAAAUGCUCUGAUCGCCAACUGGAUGUCUCAAACAAUCUCUUCUAACAGGCGUAAUGCCUCCGAAUUCCUCAUACCAAGUUGUACCGAGACUGGUCAAUAUUCUUCUCUGCAAAAUUUGGAGCCAUUCACGGAUUGUGUUUUACCCUCAAGCAAUGAUCUGAUAUUGGAAGGUGUACGUGAUAUAAACAGCGGCUUUAAAUGUCCAGUUUGCCCACUACCAUUCCGUUCCCAGAACAUAAACCAUGGGGCCGUGUUCUGUGAGGAAAUAACAGAAGAUGGUAGAAAUGUACAGACAUGUCAGGUGGUGUGUCAGAAAGGUUAUUACAAUAUAUUUUCUGGUGAGACGUUUACCUGUGACAAGACCAGUCUUCAGUGGAUUUCACCAACCCCUCAUCUCCAGUCAUGUCAAAGAGUUCAGGCUUUCCAAACUGUCCAAACUAAGGCCUCUUUCCAAGUCUUACUUCCGAGUACUAAAACUUGCAUGGCAGAUUAUUCAGGAUUAAUUCAAUCCUUUAGGACCUUUAUAUUGGAUGAUCUGAAGGCUCGGGGAUUGUGUCAUGUCCAGGUGAAUUAUUUUGGAAGCAGGGGUACAGGAACGGUUCCAGUUUGUGAUGACUCCACGGUCUACGUGGAAUGUUUAUCCACAGAUCGACUGGGUGUGAAUGUGACUUGGAGAGCCCAAUUACAGGACAUCCAAGUAUCUGCUUUGCCCGGUUUACGUGAUAUUGAAGCUGCAAUUGUUGGUGAGAACCUGGUUGGGCGCUUCUUGUCCAUCAUUCGAUCUGGAAACUACACAUUGACUCUGGACUCUAAGCUCUUUGUAGCCGAUAACUCUGCGGAUUUCCCACGCGAUGAUGAUUUCUCUAUAUCUCCAGAAGUGAAGCUCGGCUGUAAAGAAGGGUUCCAGAGGCUGAUUGAAUCCAGCACAGAUAGCAGGAAUUUAGGUGGCUGCGCUAUUUGUCCUGCUGGAAGCUUUGGCCAAGGAGACAGUUGCAAGUUGUGUCCUGCAGGAUCUUACCAGGAGAACGCAGGGAGCACAUCAUGUAUCAAAUGCCCUCCUGGAACAAACACAGCCUAUUCUGGGGCAAUCAGUAAAAGCCAGUGUAAGACCGACUGUCAAAUGAAUGCUAAGAGUUUGCUCUGUGAUGAGAACGGUCAGUAUUACCCUUCCCAGAAGGACGUGGCGACAAACACAUAUUACUGCAUUGAUAUUUACGGUGAGAAGCUGAAAUGGACAGAAGUGGAUACUGAACUCACGAACGACCAGUGUUUAUUAUUAAGAAGAUUUGAAUUAGUUCCCCAGGACCAGCUCGUCUUCUUGACUGGUGAAGAAAUAUCUAGUGAUGUAGGGUUCGUAAAACCGAGUGGCUCUAAACAGCAGCUUGUGGAUUGUGUUAAAGACUGUUCGAUGGAUGACGCCUGCGAUUAUCUCACGGUAUCUCCAAAUGGAUCCAACUUGGCUUGUGAACAGUAUAACGGAGAUCAGUCCAAUAUCAUCUGCUCUACAACCAACCGGAUGCUGCAAGGGUUUCUGGGAAAUCCUUCUUCUGCCAACAUGGAACGUCUCAGUUGUCAAUUUAAAAUUAAGCCGACUGAUAUAAACAGUGUCAAAGUGUAUCGAAAGCAAGGUCAUGAAUUCCCCAGGACCGGUCUGAAAGCCUAUGAGAAGACUGAUUUCAGCAAUACAAUUGAUGGUGUUUACAACACAACAGUUUUUUCCGCUCAGGACACAUCUUUGACAGAUGUGCAUUACUUUUGCCGCCAGACGUGUGGACAGAAUCCCUGCUGCCAUGGUUUCAUACUGAGUCAAAUCAUUUUAAAUAAAGGUACAAUCCUAUGUGGAUUGCUCAGCUCCCCGCAUGUCCUGUUAUGUAAUGCUAAGGACUGGAGUGAAACAUCCCAUUUGGGGGGUUCUGGAGUCUGUAAAGGGGUAAAAUCUCAAAAAGAGCAGAAGACCUUUUCAUUCUUUCUGGGAAGUCAGGAAUUCACCGGCAGUUAUGCUAUGCUAUCCAAGAGUAUAGGUAAAGUUGAAUAUAACACAGAAUUAACCGCUGAAGUCAAGGAAGAAAUUCAGAGACGUUUUGUUCAGUUUCAAAAGGUUUUCCUGCUCAGAGAUCCAGAAGAGAGGGCGGCAUCCAAUGAUUCCGAAUGUGGUGUCAAAGCAUUUGAAGGACAGAAUGCAGUCACCGUGUCAGAUUCGGCUAUGGAUAAUUUCUUUCCUGUGGAUGUUAAUGAAGUUAAGGUUGACGAAGCUAUUUCAGUGGCCAGCCUGCAGUUCCAGGUUGCCAAACAGCGAUACUCCUCCAGCCAAGCUGUGCUAUGGUGCCUUACACGAUGUUUAGAAGAAGAGUCCUGGUGCCGUCUGGCGGACUUACAAGACACCAGAAAUGGAUAUUACACUUGUAUUAUUUACCCAGAAUCACAUCAAUGUAAUAACACCGUCGAUCUAGCACCAAAUAGUUGUGACAUCACAUUGACCAACAAACCACACCGUCUGUAUCACAAAAAAGAGAGCUUGGGUAACAAAGUAAAACACUUUUACACAUAUUUACCGUACCAGAAACUAUCAGCAAUAUCUGUAAGAAACAAGAUUAGUAUGACUGGGACAAGUGUGGCGAAAGGAUUUUUUGAGUGUGAACUCCACUGUGAUGCCGAUCCCUGUUGUAAAGGAUUUGGAUAUUUUGAAACAUCCCAGGUGACAGGGAAGGAGGUUUUAUGUUUAACCCUCGGAAGUCUGGGUAUACAGUCCUGCAGUAGCCAAGAAAGAAGUUCAUGGCAUGUUACAAACUGCAGCUCCUUGUCUAAUGUUGCAGAGACUCACCCGUAUGGGUGGUACCAGAAGCCAGAUGAAGAACAGCCAGUUACAUCAGCCCUGUGCCCACCUACAGACCCUACACCCGAGGCCAAAGAAGUAUCACUGGAUGAUUGGAUACUGUUGGAUAGCUCCUCUGUGAGUAUUGAUUCAUCUAUUUCUGAAUACGACACAUUGCAGCUCACAGGAUAUACUACAAACACUCUAAGGACUGGCCAGAAUUACUGCUUAUCAGCCUGUUCUCAGGUACAGUCCUGUAUGACGACUUCAAUUGAAGUACAACAAACAAAAACGCGUUGCAUUUUUUAUCCAGAGACUCAGAGCUGCUACCACAGUCUCAAAAAACAUACUUGUCGUGUUUUAAUCAAAGAGCCAGCUACCUACAUUUAUCGAAAGAAAGCUUCUCCCCUUCCUUUGCCAUUGCUGACCAUUCCAUCCAGGGGUUCUCUAUUGGGCAAUUCACGAGCCAUUCUCAUUGGCUCAGAUGUCAAAUAUGUCAAUCAGUAUCUUGGCAUUCCUUUCGCUGCUCCUCCAGUUGGUAAUUUACGAUUCCAUCCUCCUCAACCAUAUAACUGGACAGGGACCUUGAAUGUCACCACAGCCAGGUCAAGCUGCCUACAGCCUGGAGAUGGAAAGGCUCAAUAUUCGUCCGUCAGCGAAGACUGCCUGUAUCUCAAUGUGUUUGUUCCUAGUAAUAUUAGAGCAAGCGCCCCCGUUCUUCUUUAUUUCCACAACAGUCCGAGCGAUUACAGUGAAAAUGGACAGACGUUUAUUGACGGAUCCUACCAGGCAGCCAUAGGCGAUAUUAUCGUGGUUACUGCGGGUUACAGAGUUGGCGUAUUUGGUUUCCUAAGCAUCAGUAACGCUGUGCCAAGUGGAAACUGGGGCCUACUCGAUCAAGCUGCUGCGCUAAAAUGGACACAUGAAAACAUUGCUUAUUUGGGAGGGGACCCCACACUUAUUUCAAUAGCCGCAGAUCGAGCAGGAGCUGACAUAGCAAGCCUCCAUUUAAUGAGCCCCGAGACCAAACCAAUUAGAAGAGCCCUGCUAAUGGGGGGCUCCGUAUCCUCGCCUAUGUUAAUUAUCAGCAAGACACGAGCUGAGGAACAAGUGCGCUUUUUGGCUACCGAGGUUGGAUGUUUGAUGGCCAAUGAUGAAGAUAUUCUGACCUGUCUUCGCAAGGUGGAUUCCAAUGUCCUGAAUGCAGCUCAGACAAAGCUGCUGGCUUUAAGAGGCCCGUUUCAGACCUGGGGACCUGUUAUUGAUGGUGUGUAUGUACGAGAUGCCCCAUUAAAAUUGACCCAACAGCAGAUGUCUCAGGACAUUCCUCUAUUAAUUGGAACUGACGAACAAGAUGGCUUGAUUGUCCGAGCAAAGGCAAUUAAAAGAUUUGAAGAAGCUCAAGGAAGAGGUGACAGCAAAACUGCCUUUUACCAGGCUCUCCAGAAUUCCUUGGGAGGCGAAGAGCGAAAUCCACUCGUCCAGGAUGCUGCCGUGUGGUUUUAUUCUCUGGAGCAUUCCACCGACGAUUACGCUGGCUUCUCCAGAGCCCUGGAAAAUGCUACACGGGAUCACUUUAUCGCUUGCCCAGCAGUGAAAAUGGCAAAGGAAUGGGUGGCAAAUACAACGGGCAGUGUCUUCAUGUACCAUGUUCCUGAAGAAUUUUCGCAAAGCAGCUCGGGUUUGGAUCUCCCUGCGGAUGUUAAGUAUGCCUUUGGCCUCCCGUUUCACUCAAAUUAUAAAUAUCAGUUUUCUAUUGAAGAACAAGAUCUAUCCUUAAAGAUCAUGCGAUACAUUACCAACUUUAUAAAAACGGGAAACCCGAAUUACCAGUACACCUUUUCCAGAAGACUAUCUAGCAACCUACCAGUAUGGCCUGAGCAUCUAGCACAUAGUAAUGGAGAGAACUACAAGGAAUUUAGCUCAUCAUUGCCCAAUAAGCAAGGUUUAAAGAAAGCAGAAUGUUCCUUUUGGAAUAAGUAUAUUCCGACACUUAAAGCAUCCACAAGUUCGAAGACCACAGUAUUGCUCACAGAAAAGAGCAUUGAUAAUGGACUGAAUUCAAGUGUCCCUCAAACGGGACCCGAGCAAGAAAAAAUACAAUUAAACCAUUUGCCAAAUGAAAAGAACAAAUGAAAGAUUAAAGUGUUUCCAAUUUUCAAACUAAUGUUAUUGUCUUAAACAGUGGUUGAUCGGACGGCAAUGUCUCAACUUUUACCAUAGUCAGUUUGUUAUUAUAUUUAGUCUUGGUUAGUCUUUGUUUUAUGUGGCAAAAUAAACAUAUUUAAAAGCA